AUGGAAUCUGACAAGCGUCUAACAUUCCCAUUGUUGAUGAGUGUGGGGACAGCGGUGUUGGGCUCAUUACAGUUUGGCUACAACACAGGCGUCAUCAAUGCUCCACAAAAUGUUAUCGAGCGAUUUAUCAACACCACAUGGGAGCAACGCUACAAUGAACCCAUCACCAAAGGCUCGCUCACCGCCAUCUGGUCCAUCGCCGUCGCCAUCUUCUCAGUCGGGGGCAUCUUUGGUUCUUUCUCUGUUGGACUCUUCGUCAACCGUUUUGGCAGGAGGAACUCUAUGCUGAUGGCGAAUGUCCUGUCGUUCAUUUCCGCCGCUUUUAUGGGCUUCUCCAAACUGGCCAGCUCCUGGGAGAUGCUGAUCAUUGGUCGGUUCAUCUUGGGCCUGUACUCGGGGCUGUCCACAGGCUUUGUGCCCAUGUACGUGGGCGAAGUCUCCCCAACGGCACUCCGAGGCGCACUGGGGACCCUCCACCAGCUGGGCAUUGUCGUGGGCAUCCUCAUUGCACAGGUGUUUGGUUUGGAAGCAGUCAUGGGUAACGAUGAUUUGUGGCCCCUGCUGUUAAGCUUCAUCUUCGUCUUCGCCAUCAUCCAGUGCAUUCUGCUUCCCAUGUGUCCCAUGAGUCCCAGGUUCCUUCUCAUCAACAGAAACGAGGAGAACAAAGCUAAAAACGUGUUGAAGAAGUUGAGAGGGGUCUCGGACGUGAGCGCUGACAUAAAGGAGAUGAAAGAGGAGAGCCGGAAGAUGAUGAGCGAGCCCAAAGUGACCCUCGUGGAGUUGUUCCGCUCGCACAGGUACCGCCAGCCGCUGGUGGUGGCUGUGGUUCUGCAGCUCUCCCAGCAGCUGUCUGGCAUCAACGCUGUGUUCUAUUACUCAACUCGCAUUUUCGAGAGAGCAGGAGUGGCACAGCCCAAAUAUGCUACGAUUGGAGCAGGAGUCGUCAACACUGCCUUCACUGUGGUGUCUGUGUUUGUGGUUGAGCGUGCUGGACGCAGGUCUCUGCACCUCAUUGGGCUUCUGGGAAUGGCUGGAGCCACUAUUUUAAUGACCAUCGCCCUGGCUCUACUGGAAAAACUACCAUGGAUGUCAUAUUUGAGCAUUGUGGCCAUCUUCUCCUACGUGGCCUUCUUUGAGAUUGGUCCAGGACCCAUCCCCUGGUUUAUUGUUGCAGAGCUGUUCUCACAGGGGCCGAGGCCAGCAGCCAUAGCUGUGGCCGGCUUCUCCAACUGGACGGCUAACUUUAUUGUUGGAAUGGGCUUUCAAUACAUCGAGGAGCUCACCUACCCCUAUGUGUUUGUCAUCUUCACCGUGUUGCUGCUGUUUUUCUUCGUCUUCACCUACUUCAAAGUGCCGGAGACCAAGGGCCGGACGUUUGACGACAUUGCAGCCGGUUUUGGAGGGAACUCAGCUGUUCGUGGAGAAAAGUUCUCUCCUGAGGAACUGAACAGCCUGGGGGCAGACUCUCAGCUCUGA